AUGGUCCACCAACACAAGCACCAAAUGAGCUUGAUAUCUCAGGGGUAUGAAUGUGCGACAGUCGACUACAACGACCCGUUAUCGCUUCAGCAUGCAUUGAUGGGUGUUGAUACGGUCAUCUCCACCGUCAUGGGUAUGCCUCAGCUUCGUCUGAUCGAAGCUGCGAUCCAAGCCCGCGUUCGUCGUUUCGCACCAGCUGAAUUCGAAGGCCAGCCCGGAGCCCGCGGACAGAGGAACAUUCUCGAUCGUGGACGCGACUCUGCCAUUGCUACUUUGCAACGCUAUCAAGGCUACAUGCAGUACACUGUAUUUGUAUGCGGUGUACUAUAUGAGCGCUUCGCCGUCAAUGGGAUGAUGUCUCACCGUAUCGGCACCAACACUGGGUACGGGGGGGAGGGCGAUUACAUUGCAAACCCCAGAUAUAUGACCUCGGUAGCGCCCGUAUACGACGCUGCUCAGAAUCUCUCUUACCUUUGUCUGACUUCAGCCUACGACGUGGCACGAUUCGUGGUAAGGUCACUCAAUAUAGCAUGGGCUCCCGAGAUGUCCAUGUGCGGUGAAAGAAUGAGUGUCAAUGCGCUCGUCGAGACGAUCAGAGCUUGCAGGAGUGAGUGGCCAUUUCUUAUGGCUUUCAAUGUUCCCGCUCACGAGAGAACAGAUCAAUCAUGGGCCGGUAUUGAGUACCAGGAUUCUGCAAACCUUCCAGAUCUUCAGUACCAGAUGGGAAUUGCACAAAUUGAAGGUCAAACAACGAGACAGAGGCAGAUAGCAGCACUACUGGCAACGGCGGAAGGCCGGUACGACUUCGCAGUCCCUGCUUACCUCAACUCUCUCUUCCCAGACGUGCAGCCAAUGCGCUUUCGAGACUGGUUCAUUCUCAAUUGGGCCUCGAUACCUUGA